AUGAAGUCAACUCUGAUUGCCGUUGCUCUGGCGCAAACUGCCAUUGUCCUUGCCGGUGUGUACAAAGGCUACACUUGCAUCAUGCCCAACGGCCAAAUCAACCCAUCAAACAAUCUCUGCAAUGACGCCUUCGGAACACCCUUGCCAGGCCAAAAUGGAGUUUGUUGUAUUUCCCAGCCAGAGUACAAGACGAGAUACGACAAGGGCUGUGCGGAUAACCAGGGUAAAGUUAACCAAAUUGCCGACUGCUAA